GCUGGGAGUCGUGGGCGGCGUGGCGCUGCUAGCUGGGCGCAGGGCCGGAGGUGCUGGGGAUCGACACUGCUUGGCGCGCGGAGCUGCGGUGUGCCUCUCGGGAAAGCCCAGCCUUGUGGGCAGGAGAAGCGGCGGCGGACCUCACCGACUGGUACAGGGCCUCGAGCCGAGGAGGGCCGAGUGCUGCGGGAGGAAGCAACCGCGGCGGCGGGUCCCGAGCGCUGCGCGCCAUGGCGGGCGGGCCCCCCAAGGCCCUGCUGUCCACGGGGCCCCAGUCCCUGCGCGACAUGCCGCACCCGCUGGCCGGCUCCAGCAGCGAGGAGGCCGUGGGAGGCGACAGCACUCCCAGCCCGGACCUUCUGAUGGCCCGCAGCUUCGGUGACAAGGAUCUCAUUUUGCCCAAUGGUGGUACUCCAGCGGGCACUUCGAGCCCAGCGUCUUCAUCUUCCCUUCUGAACAGACUCCAGCUUGAUGAUGACAUUGAUGGUGAAACUAGAGAUCUCUUUGUCACGGUUGAUGAUCCUAAGAAGCACGUCUGUACAAUGGAGACCUACAUCACAUACAGGAUCACUACCAAAAGUACUCGGGUGGAGUUUGACUUGCCAGAAUAUUCUGUUCGAAGAAGAUACCAGGAUUUUGACUGGUUGAGAAACAAACUGGAAGAAUCACAGCCCACUCAUCUCAUUCCCCCGCUUCCUGAGAAGUUUGUGGUGAAAGGGGUCGUGGAUCGUUUCUCAGAAGAGUUUGUGGAGACCAGAAGAAAAGCUUUGGAUAAAUUCCUAAAAAGAAUUACAGAUCACCCUGUGCUCUCUUUCAAUGAACACUUCAAUGUAUUCCUCACUGCUAAGGACCUGAAUGCCUACAAGAAGCAGGGGAUGGCAUUGCUGAGCCGAGUGGGAGAGUCAGUCAAACAUGUCACGGGAGGCUAUAAGCUGAGGAGUCGGCCUCUGGAGUUUGCAGCCAUCGGUGACUACUUAGAUACUUUUGCACUCAAACUGGGAACCAUUGAUCGGAUAGCCCAGCGGAUCAUCAAAGAAGAAAUAGAGUACCUCGUAGAGCUGAGGGAAUAUGGGCCUGUGUAUUCCACGUGGAGCGCCUUGGAAGGUGAACUGGCGGAGCCCCUGGAAGGUGUGUCGGCCUGCAUUGGGAACUGCUCCACGGCCUUGGAAGAGCUGACCGAUGAUGUAACAGAGGACUUUCUACCAGUGCUCAGGGAAUACAUUCUGUACUCAGACUCCAUGAAGAAUGUAUUGAAGAAGAGGGACCAAGUUCAGGCUGAGUACGAAGCCAAACUGGAAGCUGUGGCUCUGAGAAAGGAAGAUCGUCCCAAGGUGCCCACAGAUGUGGAGAAGUGCCAGGACAGGAUGGAGUGCUUCAAUGCUGACCUUAAGGCUGAUAUGGAGAGGUGGCAGAGCAACAAGCGACAUGACUUCCGGCAGCUGCUCGUGGGCUUGGCUGACAAGAAUAUCCAGUAUUAUGAGAAGUGCCUCAUGGCGUGGGAGUCAAUUAUUCCACUACUGCAAGAAAAACAAGAGACCAAGUAGAUUUGUUCUUGGGACAGAGACUUCUGCCUCCACAGGGCAUGGCACCCUGAACCAGAGAGUCCCUGCAGUGCUGGAGAGGUGGCCAUGAGGAAACAGCACAACAGCACCUCCCCGCUCCCUCCCACCACAGUUAUUUUCAGUUAGUAUUUAUUCCUUGUUGGAGUCUGUGAGUCUGUAAUCAUCUCUCAACAGAAGCAUACCUCCAUAUUGUGAAGGAACCUCCUAAAUGGAACACUAUGAAGACUUGAAACUAAGGGACAGAACAGCCCCCAGAUGACAUGUGACAUCACUUUGGGGGCAGCCCAAUUGCUUUUAUGAGACAGAACAACAACCCUGCUUUUCAGGGACACAGGAGACAUGAAGAAGGCAGCUGUGGCUUGCUGUGGAGACCAUGAGGUUCUGCACUUUACCCCUGAGGGCAUUGACCUGUCCCAGCAUAGGAGGUAUAGGUACCUUCUUGGAAAGUCCUUAAUUUACAGUGGCCUGUGGCUAUGACUGUGGCCUACUGCCUGCUCAUCGUGAGUGGCAUCUUUUGACUUGUUUCUGGUUCACAUGGGUCCAUUUAAAUCAGUGUCCGUGUGCAUCAGUGCUUGAGCCAGCGUCCUUGUCCUUAUGCGAUGUCUCAGGAAGCUGAAGGGAAUGCUCCUGGAUCUUGUUUCUGGCACCAGAAUGCUAUAGAUGAGAAGAUUUUAGGUGUGUAUUGGCAAAAACAUGCAUUUUUUUAUGUGAAGGUGUCAAUGUGCUUGUUUUGCUUGUUUAACCAUUGUCGUGUUUGCUCUUAGACCUCUUAGGAAACAGCUGCUAUUUUAUGGUCAGCGACUCUCCUGUGUGCCAAGCCCCAGCACCAGUGUCUGUUUUAUGCAAUUUGCCUUUACUUCACCAAAAAUGUCUGGUUUAAUACUUCCUGUCAUGCCCACUGGAUAUCCGGGCAACCUUGCAGUGAGGGCUGGUAUGUCACAUUGUCGUGACCGUCACCAGUUUGUAAAUUCAAUGUGAAUGUUCUACAUGAGUGUUUGACCCCCAGAAUUCUGUGGUCAGGACGGAAGUACCUGCAGGGCACUCAGACGAGAAGAGUGACAACAUGCUCUUGGCUUCUAGAUAUGUGGAAAUCUCCGUUUGCUGCCAAAAUCUGGAGACUGCUGGCUGUGCUUAAAGUCUUCAUUUGAAACUUUUCAAGUUGCCAUAAACCCAACAGCUAGAAAGGCUCUUUUUCAGGUCACUGUUGAAAAGCAGCUGCAUAGUGUGUUCUUUCAUCUGUGACUCUUUGCUAAAAACCCAUAAAUUUGAGCCUCGAGUAAAUGGAAGGGUUUUGUUUGUUUUUGAAAUGAAGCAGUCAAGUUACUGCUUCACAUACAAGUUAUUUGCAAAUUCUAAUCAGCGCACAGCCUUCCUUCCCUCGCGCUGAGCUGGCCUCCCGUCAGCUGCGUUUGGGACAUCAUAGACAGCAUGAAACAAUUUGCCUUUUCCUCACAUUUGACAAGUUUGUGAUUGAAAUAAUAGUUCCUGCAACUAUUGGUACUUGCCCAAACCCCCUCUGUGCCAUCUUGAAAUCCUUUGAUGUGAAUUCUGUUUGGUACAAAUAGAAAUGGCCCACUGAAGUGGAAAGGUAAGAACAGUCUGUCCACUCCAAACUUCAGUGGCUUAGCAUCUCAUUCUACCUCUGAAGCCAUCAGGUUGGUGUGGGUGUAAAUGACCAGAGUCAACCUGAGCAUGCUGGUAGAGUCAGGCAUGUGUCCAGUCACCUCCAGGUCUCCAUUGAUAUAUGGCCCAGCAGUGAUGUUCAUCUUUGGGAAACAUGAAACUUUGCUUUGUGGACUGUGUGCUUGAUAAGUGUCCAGUGUAAUGUUUGGCAAGAACUACAGAAAGAAUUAAGGAGAAGCUAAAAUUUGAUGACUAGCUGGUUGCUGAAAUCCCAAGUCAAUCCUGUGUGCUGGUUAGCUACACAAGAAGGAAGGCCUGUGAAAACAGCCCUGGGGUGCAUGGGGAAGUGUACGGAGAGAAGCAGGAUCCACCGCCAUUCCCUCAUGAGAGACUGGCUUUUACGACAUCUUAAAAUUUCUGUCUUGUUCUAUUUAUUUGGCCAGCAAGCAAUGUCCCUAGGCUUUGAGAUCCAGAAAGAGCUGGAAUAAUGGAAACUUUCUACCCCCUAGAAAUGAUAUCAGUGGCUAGGCCAGGAACAGCCAUGCACAAGAAGGCACUCUUCUCCCUGUCUUCAGGCUAGCAUCUGGUGCGCUGAGGAGCCUGGCCCAGAGAAAAAGGGGCAGAAGGCAGUGGAAAGAGGCCUCCUACCCGUCUACUCUGGGGCUCCCUCAAGUCCCCGGAAGCUCAGCAGUCCCAAGCAUUUGCUUCCUCUUGGCCAAGCCCAAAAGAGAUUUCCCCCCACAAAAUAUUGCUCAGAGACCACAGUGCCAAAAGGCCUUAGAGAGAGGCCUCAUUAGUUCUUCUUGAGCCUCUGCCCUGAAGUCACAGAUCCCUCUUGUUUGUUUUCCAUGAGGCUUUGCCUUGAGGGUAGAGCACUGUACCUCAGGUAGAGAGAUAUGGAUGGCUGUGGAGGCUUGAACACAGGACAGUGAAAUGAAAGCUGGCCCUGUAACUGCCCAGGUCCUCAGAAAUGGAGGGUUUGUUCACUGGGUUAGAAAUCUGCCCAGGCAAAAAAAAAAAAAAAAAAAAAAAAAAAUUCUUAAAACCAAGGAGAUUUGAGAGAUGCAAGAGUUUAGGACAGUGUUAUGAUUUGUAGUAGAAAAGGGUACUAUUAAUGCUGACAAUUUACAAGAAGAAUCUGGGCUGCACACUCAAAGCAAGGACGCUUAGUUCUGGAGUAAGGAGGGGCUCACUCCUCAGCCUGUGUGAAGUUGGGUUUUAUCUUCUAAAACUCAGUAAUGAUUGUUGGUGAGUGGAAGGUAGGCUUAGGGGGGCAGCGGGCUUGGUGCUUCACCGGGUUUCUUCUGAACUUACCAGGUAUUUUCCCAUAGCUGAAACAAGAAAGCCCCACCAUGCCUAGGGACAGAUGUGAACCCCAUAGAGUGUGCUCUAGAUGUUGAGUAGAAUGUACUCUUUCUGCUGUCCACGGGAGGAAACUGUCCGUGCACACUGCAGCCCUUGAUGAAGCCCAGUGGAAGUUGACUUUAGAAGCGAGUGUGAUGGCACUGCUUCUCUUAGGAUAGCACCCAAGGAACACUCAGCCUCUGGGACUUGGUCCUGUCCUGUGAAGGCAGGACCUUCUGAAGCUCUAGGUACCAGGUAGCUGGUUGUUUCAGUGAGGUCAUUUGAAUCAUGGUAACGUCACUACACCACACUACACUAUCCUGAGUGCUUGGGGUGGGUAGAACAAAGCCAAGGACUGCCUUAGAGACUGUGUUGACGUUACUGGUUUGGGUCUUAGAGUCAGCUGGAAGUGGGCUCUUCUCUGGCUAGGUGGAGCUGGUGACUGUGAAGGGUGAUUCUUUUGGAGGAUCAGCUCCUGGGACUGGGGCUGGGCACCCACUUCUGGACCCAUCUUCUCAUAAAUGGUAUUUGGAAAUGAAGUAAGGUAAGCAUAUGGCUAGGGUACUUUGCUCACCUUCAGUUACAAAUUACAUUGGGAAUUUGGGCUUGCCUUCUCGCUCUCAAGAGUCUUCAGGAUGACAACAGAUUGCAUGUGCCUUCUCACCACCUGUGACUUGCUCUACUCAGGUAGCGGGAGGCACUUAGCAGUAGAGUUGAGGAAAAUGGCCUCUUUGGGCCAGAUAGAGGUGCAGUCGGUGUGUUGGGGCUACUUGCUUCCUCCCUAUUUUUAAUUUAGUGACUAAUGAGAGACUCGGUUUUUACGAACCUGCUCUGUAGGUCGUCAGUGUUCCGUUUUGAAGUUGUCCCCAUGCCUGCACACAUCAGAGGGCAGGAACUCGGUGUCUAAGAAGGCUGGAAGCGCUGUUACAGGGGCUGACCAUUAUCUCCUAAUCAUAUCUGUUAGGAAUAUUCCUGGGUAUGACUGACUAUCCAAUACUUUAUGUGUGGCAAAAAAUGUUACUAGUUCUUAACUAUUGUAGUUUGUAAAUAAGCGCUGUGGGGUGGGGAAACUUUUAAAGAGACAAAUAAGAUGUGUAUCUCAUAUCGGUGUUCUUAGCACUUGAAAACCAACACAUCCAUAAAAAGCCACAGACUGUUAAAGCAUAACAGUAGUUCUUAAAAAUUUGUCAGUGCCCACUAAUUGCCUUACUCUUCAGCUAGUGUUUUAAAAUGUUUGCAUAGAUAGAGUUUUACAUGUAGAAGCAGUUGGUCUAGAAACUUAUUAUAGGCCAUCUUCAGUCCUCUUAAAAGUCACAAGCCAGAGGUAUAGGUCACAGAAGGAAGGUGGCCUUUUGGGAAGCAAGACUAAAUGUUUCUGUUGGCAAGUGGUAUUUGAAAAUAAUGUCAAGAAACAGGGAGCACAGCCCUUUUUGAUGUUUUUGAGGAAGAAAGACAAGCUUCGUGUGCUUUGGCCUAGUUUGGGGUGUGGAGGAUACAGACAUUAUCAGCAGUGACAAAUUGCAUAGCUUCUGAGAACCCCUAGAUUAUGGCAGCAUGAAAGGUUUACCUUGCUUCUUCAGAGUGGGCCCCAGAGCACACUAGGAUAGAAAUUCUCCAAAGGUUGAAAUGCCAAAUAGCAUACUUGUUCUGCCAACUCACUCAUUAUUAAAGCCAGUGUUGAAGGGUUCAAAUGUGCCUCUCCCAGAAGUACCGCCCAAGUAUUGGGUGAUUCUGGGCUCUCCACAGUCCAGGUCAGAGCAGCUAACACCUGUGCACGCUGCUGUUGGACAGGCUGGUCCACAGCCUUAGACUGGCACUCUGCCAGGAACUAUGCUGGAGGGAAGGAGGGGGAGAAAUUUUUUCCCUAGAUUGCAAAGCAUCGUGUCGAUUGGUAGAUUGCUGUAACAAAACAGCUGUGUCCACUGGGCCUUCAUCCAGGGACAAAGCAGCACAAGCCAGCAUCUUUACCAGUCAGCACUGCCCACCUAGGCGGUGCAGGGCUGGGCUCCCUCAGAGUCCCUGCUCAUUGUAUUUCUGUGAUUUCUGUGUGCCUGUUCCCUUCAUGCCUGCGUCAGGAAUGCAUGGAGAGACAGCCUACAUCUGACAGACUCCCAUGAAGCAAACUGCCAGCAAACCUUCUAACUGUCAUUCUAACUCUUCAAGGGGGAUGAAAACAAAUAUUUGGACUUUUUUUUUUUUUGAAAUUGUUCUUUGUGUUUAAAACUUCCAGAGAAAGAAACAGGCUUCUGAGGUAUGGAGUCCCACCCUGGUGUGCUGGCUCGCUCCAUACUGCCAUUAAACCAAAACAAAAGCUGUGAACAUAAGUGCUUGAGGAAAUAUGUGUUGAUAAGAAAGUGAUGUAUUUACAGAACUAAGUCUUUAUCUCAUGAAACUACCGAAAAAGAAUGUCACCUUUCUCUUUGUUACAGAACUAGAGAUGUUUUGUUGUAUUUUUUAUGCUGGCACGAGGUUCUUGUCCGCUUUGAUUUUUUGUGUAUCUGUGUGUAAGAAAUUCUGUUUGUUGUUUACUAUGGAAUUAGUAUUACAUUUUGAGGUAAACAAAGAAUUUGUAUUGCUUGAUAAACUAUUAGCUUGUAAAUUAAAAAAAUCUUUACCUCACUUAAAGUAAUGGACCAAUAAACCUAUAAAAGAUGCUUUAUUUA